AAAUGGCUGUUUACCCUUUAACCCUGUGCACCGACCCGACUCCGCCCGCAGCGGCGCUCAGGGAACGACUGGCAAUUCCCACCGGGAGCACGCAGCGUGUCAAGCCCGGCGCCCGCCGGAGGGGCCGGCUGUGGCAAUCGCGCUCGCACACGCUCAGUCCCUUUCGCGCUCCGUUUCUCUCGGGCUCGUGCUGGAGCGGGGCUUCCCCCGCAGCGCUGCCGUGUGCGGUGGGAACGCGCACAGGACCUGGCUGCCCUCGGAGGCCGCGCACGGUAACGGGCCGCGCUGUUGGGGCCUGGUCGCGGCCCUGGGGAAGGGAGUGGAGCGGGACCUGCGGGAAUAGAAGGUCGCUGUGUUGUGCAGCGGUCCCGGCAGCAGGAAGGCACAAUGACUGACUUUGAAAAGAACCUGCAUCAGGACAUGGUUUCUCAGCUGCAUGGCUUUGCUGCUGCUGGAGACGCAGCCAGGCUGAAGGUGCUGCUCAGGCGCUCCCCAUCACUGGUCAAUGCAGCCUCAGGGAAUGGCUGGACAGCCCUCAUGUAUGGUGCUAGAAAUGGACACCUCGAGGUUGUGCAGGUUCUUCUUCAAGAGGGGUGUGACAGAUCCAUCGUUAAUAAAUCAAGGCAGACAGCUCUGGACAUUGCUAAAUUUUGGGGGUACAAACACAUAGCUAAUUUGUUGGCUAAUGUGAAAGGUUAUCAGAAACCUAGUUUUUUGUCAAAUGAUGUGAAAGAAUACGAAAAUUAUUUUGGCAUGACACUUCUGGACAGGAGGAGUGAUAAAAGAGCAGAUUCUAAGUGGCUGAGUAAAAAAAAAAGCCAUCCAGCUACAGUGUACAUCCUCUUCUCAAAUCUAAGUCCCUUGGUUACUUUGGGUGGGGGAAGAGAGAGCUCACAGCAACCAGAAGUAAAGCUUUGCAGGCUGUGUCACAAGGAUGUGGAACAGUGCAUGAACCAAACUGAAGAAUGUACCUUGAUUUUUCUUGGAGUGGACCUUCAGUUUGACAUGAACCUGAUGGCUGCCUGUAAUGAAAGAAUUCAGCAAGAGAAUGAAGAAGAUGGGUUAGUUGCUUGGUUUGCUCUUAGCAUCGAUUCUGCUUCUGCUGAAAAAUUUAAACAUAAGCACAAGGACUGUUACUUUCUUCACCCGCUGAUGCCAGCACUACUGCAGUUACCUGAAAAAGAAGCUGGAGUAAUAGCCCAGGCAAGAUCUGUUCUAGCAUGGCACCACCGUUACCGAUUCUGCCCAACAUGUGGGAGUGCAACCAAGAUUGAAGAAGGAGGUUACAAGAAAACUUGCUUAAAAGAAGAUUGUCCCAGUCUCCAAGGAGUUCACAACACAUCAUAUCCAAGAGUUGAUCCUGUAGUGAUAAUGCAAGUCAUCCAUCCAGAUGGCAACCAUUGCCUUUUAGGUAGGCAGAAGAGAUUUCCCGCAGGAAUGUUUACCUGCCUUGCUGGAUUUGUAGAACCUGGCGAAACCAUAGAAAAUGCUGUUCGAAGAGAAGUAGAGGAGGAGGCUGGAGUCAAAGUUGCCUGUGUUCAGUACGUCUCUUGUCAGCCAUGGCCAAUGCCCUCCUCCCUAAUGAUUGGCUGCUUAGCUGUUGCAGUGUCCACAGAAAUUAAAGUUGACAAGAAUGAAAUAGAGGAUGCCCGCUGGUUCACUAGAGAACAGGUCAUGGAAGUUCUCAUUAAAGGAAACCAACGUUCUUUCUUUAUACCACCAAGUCAAGCUAUUGCACACCAGUUGAUGAAACAUUGGAUUGGAAUGAAUGCUAAUCUUUAGUUCUACUAAUUGAUUUAUUUAAGUUACUUCUUCCAUUGAAUGCUUAAUUAGGAUUAGAACUGUUUUGUCUAGUGAAUGUGUAACCAAGUGAUUUUAAAGUAACCAACUUUACAUUGGUUCCAGGGCUAAACUAUGCAAAUCUUUGUAGGUGUUUUCAGACCUGAAUUAGAUUUGGACAAAACCCAAUAAUUAUCCCAAGCAAGCAAGCACCAAAUAAAUAGAAUUGGUACCUUGUUGAGUUCAGGCUGUGUUUCUUACUCUGGAAUGAAAUUAUUACGCCUUUUCUUUACACUUUUUAUGUUUGAUUUGGUCUUCCCCCACUGGAAGGAGUCACAGCAUUACAAAGAGGGCUGUCUGACCUUGCCUGCUGUUUGAAUUGUCUACUGAUAUCCUCCUCUUUGGCCUUAAUUGUUUCUUUCUCAUUUUUGCAUAUCUCCAUUUUUUAAAUUUGACCUGUCACAGAAAUCUACAUUCAGUGCUGAAAGCCUUACCAGGUGUGGUUAUUUUAAAGUUAAUAGCAUAUUUAAGUAGUCAAUAUGUGGUACUUUUAUUCUUUACACUAAUAACCUAAUUUAUGUUAAUGCUCAAAGCAGAGCAUUUGCUCGUCCGUUCUGACUUGGGCUGCGCUUACCCAGUUGUAUGUCUGCCUGAAUUUAAAGGUAUAACACAAUACUUCAUUUCUGAAACAGGUGUUGGAGAACCAUCCCCAAAUGCCUACAUAUUAGUGUUUUUAUAAGAUAAUAAUGUACUUAUUGAUGCUAGGCAGUGAGUAAUUUAAUUCUCUGAUAAUUAGAAAUGAAAUUAUAGAAUAAUGGAGAAGUAAGAACAAGAUGUAUCACAAAAUAUGCACAAAGUUUUUUAUGGAAAUAGAGAUGUUAAGGUUGUUACUGCUAUUAAGAAUCUUAUAGUUGAAAUAAGUAUAUUAACUGCAGCUAUAAGACUGGGAUAGCAAUAUGUUAAUUAAAAUAUCGAUUUAUGUGUUUUAAUGCUGCAGUUCAGAUUUGUGCCUUAACUUACCAAGUUAUUUAAGAUAAUGUUGAUAUUCUAAAAAGAAAAGUAUACUGGUUUAUUAUUAAUUUCAUAACGCAAUAUUCGUGGUCUGUCAUUCUGCAGUCAUUGCAGUGAUAUCAAAAGAAAUGCAAAUGACCUGAGGAAAUAAUAGUGACAAAUGUAAACUUACUAUUUUAUUAUUUGUUUAUUUGGAGUAAUUUAAAUUGUUUUUAACAGUGAAUGGUGUAAUAUUUUUUCCAAAAUUCUCAGCAACCUUGGAUCAUUAAAACUGUUGUACAAAUCCCGAUUGUUCUUUGUUUUCCCCAUCCAUGUCACGCUAUGCUCAGCAGUUUUCAUGGGUUUUUUGUAAGGCAGUACCUAAGAAACUUUAAAGCAAGAAGCCUUCCUGACAGAUUUGGAGUAUUUGACAUAUUAUGUUGCUUCAUUCUCUUCCUUGUUUUAGCCAUACAUACAAAUAAAUACAGGUUAUCUCUUGUCUGGCAAGGAGAAGGAAACAAUACCCUGCUUCCCUUAAAAAUUGCUUUUACAGAGAAGGCGAAUUAUGGAAAGCUGUCAUAGGCCACAGGUACCAGCAUGACUGUGCAGUAACAAUGGCAAUUAUCAGUUACAGGUUGCUCGUAGAGUAAAGGAGGAUCUUGAAAAGUAUGCAAAAAGUAGUGGAAGCUAAGCAAUGAAAGGAAGUUUUAACUAGUGCUGAGGUGAUUACACUCAGAGAGAUGAAUAACAAAGGAAUGAGGAGCCAGAUGGAAGAGGGAGGAUAAAGCAUAGAGCAAAUAUAGGUAGCAUAAAAGUAAGUAGUUUAUGAUUUUGAGAUAGCUAAAUGUAGAUGACUAAGACCCAUAGGAAUACUUUUGGAACUAUUGGAAUAGUUUUUUAUGUAGAAUAUUAUGGUGAGUGGCUAUAGAGAUGUGCUUCUAAAAGUGAAACUCCAAACACAGUAUCCCUGACCAAUACUGAUGUUAAUAAGCUGCCUAAAUUUUUUUUUGAGAAUCUGUAUACCAGUAAAUAUCUGCAGUUACAAUGCUAAUAAGUAAAUUGAAAAUGUACACUUUUCUUUAUGAAGAAAAACAGAAAAAUAAUUAUGUGACAAAAGGAACAACACUCAAAUUAUCUCUGAUUUUGAGAGUAAUAUUUUAAUGAUCUUUCAAGUCUAAUUACUUAAGUGUGUCAAUGAUUUUUAGUCUUCAUACAUUUUCAAAAUCUAAGCCAAGCUCUUGAAAAAGGUUUUGAAGCUUACUUUUCCUUUUUCCCUUACCAAGAGGGUAAUUCAAUUUGCAGGGAAGAAGACAAAUCUAAGAAAACUAGUUAGAUAAAUUUAAUCUACUUAAGAAAAGAUUUUUUCCUGGCUUUUUGUUGCUUAAUUUGCCCUAUUUGUAGGUCAGGGUUUGAAUUUAUUUCAAAAUUACCUAUACAUUUUUUGAAGGACAGUUACUAUUUUGCAGUUUACGCGGGAAAUGUCAAGUGUCAAAUUGAAGAGCCAAAUGCUGUGGUUCAACGACCGCAGUUCAGGAAAGUGCCAAAUUAAAUUUAGGUGCAGUUGAACAGAGUGUAGUGAUUCUGACUGGCGUAUUGUGUGGGCAACACCUGCAGAAGAUCUCAGUAGUUCAACGUACUCAAAAGGCAGCUGCAGCUUCGGAAGCAGGCUGUUUCUUGCCACAGUGUUAAUGCAGUAAAUUAAGAGAAUAGUAUUACUUACUAAAAAGAGUGGGGUUUUUUCUGCACUGUGAGUAAUGAUCUGUCUCUUUUCUCCCUUGCUUAUACAAUGGUAUCAGACCAAAAAGAGUACUCAUGAUAUCACAUGUACAAGGCGGAAGAUUCUGGAGAUGCCUUUUAUCCCAGUUUGCCUGUGUAUUAAACAGAACUACGUUCUAUUCAAUAUAUAAUUUGAAAAUACUAUGUAUUUUAUAUAUCUUUAUAAUAAUUUACAGAUAAGAGAAAUAGUAGCUCAAUAAAGCAGGAAAAAAUAAUUAGGUCUUUGACAUUUCUAAUGAAACUGUAAUCUCAUGCAAUGUAAUGGAUGACAUUUUAUGUAAGUAUAAUACUGGUUAUGGUACUUUUACAAACUUUGCAUUUGUCCUAAUAAACAUACUUCUUUUAACUCA